AUGCUAGGUAACAAAGGCACGCCUGACAUCGCAACAAAAGCCAAUUUCAACGGACAUGAAAUCCCACACUUGAACCCUACAAACUUCGAUGCAGACAAGGACAUCGAAAAUAAUUCAGUUGAUAAGAAGACCACCAAUACCAAUGACCAAAACAUCGUCGACUGGGAUGGACCUGACGACCCUCAAAAUCCUCGAAACUGGUCCAAAAAACAGAAAACAUUCAACGUGAUACUCAUCAGCGCAUCAGUUCUAUACUGUAACCUUGCAACAACAAUGUUUUCGCCAGGUGCCAACAUCAUGGAAAAGGAAUUCGGUUACGACAAUUCGACAAUCGAGACCUUAACAGUUACCAUUGCCUCACUUGGAUUUGCGAUCGGACCACUAUUUAUUGCGCCUCUCUCUGAGGUUUUCGGACGUUUGCCUAUCUACCGCGUUGCAUGUAUCUGCUAUAUGGGAUUUACAGUCGGAUGUGCACGCAGUACCAAUGUUGCUGAAUUUCUUGUCUUCCGGUUGUUGACAGGAUUUGCAGCCUCUCCAUUUAUGACGACUGGGGGUGGUACAAUUGCAGAUUUAUUGGAUAAGAAAGAAAGAGGUGCUGCUAUGGCAAUGUUUACUUCAGGGCCUCUUAUUGGGCCGGUACUUGGACCUAUUGUUGGAGGGUUUGUGACCCAAGAUCUUGGUUGGAGAUGGUCAUUUUAUCUGAUUCUCAUGCUGGCCGGCGCCGUCUCCAUCGUUGGAUUUAUCUUCAUGCGUGAAACAUCUGCCUUGGUGAUUCUGAAGGCUAAAGCUGUUCGUCUCCGCAAGGAAACUGGAAGCUCCAACUUUCAUGCGGCUGGCGAUAAACAAAUCCCAAUUAAGAAGCUUGUCACGCACGCUUUGAAACGUCCAAUCAAGAUUCUCGUCACCUCGCCACUCGUUCUCCUUGCUGCAAUCUACCUUGCCUUUAUUUUCAGCGUGAUCAUGCUUUUCUUCUCCACGUUCCCGGGUGUCUAUGAAGAUACAUACGGCUGGAGCGUGGGGGUAACUGGUUUAGCAUACAUUGGGAUCGGAAUCGGCUGCGCGAUUUCUAUAUUCACUUUUGGCAAGUUUAGCGAUCGGAUAGUACGAGGCAAGAACUCGGACUCGACGAACAAACAGAAAUACCGUGCCGAGCGACGAAUGAUCCUGGUGAUGUAUUUCUGUUUUCUUGUACCCAUUUGGGCUAUUCAUUUAUGGAUGGACUGCCUAUUAUCAGGUCCACUGGAUUGCGCCCAUCAUUGGGACUGGGAUCACGGGGAUGGGGAUAGUGAUGAUCACUUCUUCAUGUCAAACGCUGCAGCUUCUGCUCUUAGUGCUAUUACUUUGCUGCGGAAUAUGUCUGGGGCUUGUCUUCCUCUUGCUGCUUCUUCGCUUUAUGAUAAGCUUGGUUUGGGUUGGGGGAAUAGUGUGUUGGCUUUUAUUGCUCUGGGAUUUACUGUGGUGCCUUUUGUGUUUUAUUUUUAUGGUGAGAGGUUGCGAGAAAGGUUUCCUGUGAAGGUGUAG